AUGCGGGAGGAAAUCGUUACGAAGAAAUAUGGAAAUAAGGGGAUGACACCUUCAGUGUCGAACACUUACUAUGCCCUGGAAACACCCAGAUUAACCUCAGAAGUGCCAGAAGAUAAUGACGUGUUGCCAGAAACGGUCACCGAUUCGACGAAACAAGGAGAGGUCAGAAAGCCUCGGAGAAAAGGAACAAAUCUUUACGGACGCCCAUACUGCCCUGGUAGACCGCUGUCGAUGGCGGAACGACGGCGAAUAAUUGAACUGCAUAUGAGUGGCAUGAAAGUUAACGCGAUCUCCAAGACAUUGUGUAUAUCGCAUGGUUGUGUGAGCAAGAUCAUCAGCAGAUACCGGCAAACGGGGAUUUUGUCGCCAGCAUCUUCACCUGAACAACGAAGAAGUCGUCGAAAGAAAAACGAAUCGCCUCCAGUCGAGACGCAAGAAUACAAGCCAGACUUCAAGCACGACUAUUCAAAUUCUGACUACGUGACACAUGACUUUCGUAUGCAUUACGCUACUGCAGCGCAUCCCUCUGAGAUGGCUAUGCAGCACUAUAUGAUCCCGGAACAGAUGCUUGUGCCUGACUAUCCUCAGCCAGUAUUGCUGUGA